CUUUAACAUACGCAUCAAUAUAAAUGAAAUUACUUAAAGCUUAUACGAUUUUUUACAUUGAGCAAGUAAAACAGUAUAGUGUAAUAAAAAUAAAGAAAAAAAAAAAUUAAGAUGAUGGCAAUAUUAAAAAUUAUUUCAGGGAUUAUUGCUACAAUGAUAAUCGGUUCCAGUAAUAUGAAUGUUAAAUCUUCAAAACAAAAUAAAGAUAUUGAAUUAAGAAGCAAUCUUUGCUACUCAUUCAUUUUUAAUGAACCCGUAUUCAAUAAAGACAAUAAUAUAGUGUUGUUUAGUCAACUAGUAUCUAAUUAUUAUAAUCGAUCUAACUAUCCUAAAGACGAAGAAACCAAUGAUUAUGACUUUGUUUUCAAGACUUCUUUUAAACAAGCAGUUACAAAUCGCACAAACAAAUAUGUCUAUUUACUUAGUAAAUAUAGUGAAAAAAUAUUAAAUGAUAGUACUGAAAACAACACUCAGAAGGUUUUCAAAUUGAUGAGAAGAGCUAUUUAUUCGAUUAAAUCAGGACUUCAUAAAAGAUCAAUUAAUAUUAUCAAUAUUAAUUUGUUCAUUAAUAGUUUGCAAGAACAAAAUGUAGAAAAUUAUACAAAUUUUCUAAAGACUCAAGAUGGACUUCCUUACAGUAUUUCUCCGGCAAGUAAAGCUUUAAUAAUAUGCCAAACACCAAGUUCACUAGAAUUGUACGAGUCCCUAAAGCCAUUAGAAAAUUUUCUUGAUAUUUUUACUUCAAACAUAUUAACUUCCGAAGAGCUACUAAAAAUCCUCGAAAAUAUUAUAAUUCGUAUUGAUGAAGAAUACUCAAACAAGUGGUAAAUUAAAUUUGCUCCUAGUAUUAACAUUUUUUUAUAUUCGAGAACACUAAUUAGUUAAAAUUAUGUAAGGUAAAUUGUAUAAUAAGGUGUAUUACAUUUGUAUGUAAAUGUAAUUAUCAUAUUAUUAAUAAAAAUAAAUAAAUAAUA